CAGUCGAGUCUCGCCGACGACGACGACGACGACGACGACUUCGCGAGCAGUCCGCGCGCGCCAUGAGCAGCCCAGCAGCCAGCGACGUUGCCCUCCACGCGCCGCCAGCGCCAGCCGUCGGCUAGGCCACUUCGCCAGCGGAGCACGCGUCGCGGGGUCGCGCGGGCGCGCAGGGCGCCGUCGAUCGAAGAGGCUGCGGACCCGAGACGCGGCCGAGCCGCCCGCCACGCCCGAGGCCCCGCGUCGGCGACAGCGGCAGGCGGCGAUGUGCAGGGGCGCGCGGCUGGCCGUUGCGGCCGCGCGCGGGGUGCCGUGAGCGGCGGCGGCGGCGGCGGCGGCGGCGUCAGCGGCGGCGACCGCCUCCUCGUCGUUGGCUCCCGCGCGACUGCUCGCGGGCGCCGCGCGCCGACGGCAUGACGUGGAGCGGGUGGCGCGAGGAGCAGCCGCUGGUGCCAAGGACGUCGUCGCUGGAGGACAGCCAACGCCACGGAUAGGAGGCGCGCGGGGCUCGCAGCCACGUGCUCGCCGCGCACCACUGCUCGCACCUCGUGGCAACAUGGGCAAUGGCAUGAACAAGGUGCUGCCCGGCCUGUACGUGGGCAACUACCGCGACAGCAAGGAUGCCGCCCAGCUGGAGCGGUUCGAGAUCACGCACAUCCUGGCCAUCCACGACGCCGCGCGCCGGCUGCACUCGGACAAGCACUACCUCUGCAUCCUGGCGGCCGACUCGCCCGACCAGAACCUCUCGCAGUACUUCCCCAUCUGCAACGACUUCAUCCAUUCGGCGCGGCUACGCGGCGGCAACGUGCUGAUACACUGCCUGGCGGGCAUGUCGCGCAGCGUGACGCUGGCGGUGGCCUACAUCAUGAGCACCACGGACCUCUCGUGGAAGGACGCGCUGAAGGUGGUGCGCGUGGGCCGCGCGGUCGCCAACCCCAACGUCGGCUUCCAGCAGCAGCUCGAGGACUUCGAGUCGACGCGCCUGCAGGACGUAGGAGCGGCGGCGGCUGCGCGAGCGCUACCCGUCGCGCGCCCUCGCCAGCCAGGACGCCGAGGCCUGCCGCCAGACGCUGCUCAGCUACGAGGGCCUGGCGCUGAACCGCGAGGUCUGCGAGGGCAAGUGCGCGCUGGGCCGCGCCUGCCCCACGGGCCUCUGCCGGCAGCCGGGCAAGCGCGCGGCGCGCCGCAAGUCCUCGGCCGGCGGCGGCCAGACGCCGGGCCGCACGCCGCCGGCCACGCCGCGGCUGCUGCCCUCCGCGCCGCCCUCGCCCGCGCAGGUGCCGCGCUCGGCCAGCGCCGCGGGCGUCUCGGCCGGGCGGCCCUCCUACGGCGGCCCCAGCGGCCUGCACUACUACACCGGCUCCGCGCCCGCCUCCAGGGUCGCCUCGCGGCUGGACCUGUCGGCGGCGGUCGCCUGCAGCAGCAGCGUCGGCGGCGGCGGCAGCACGUCCAGCCUGUCGGCGAUCGGCCGCUCGGCGCCGGUCAGCAGUCGCGCGACGGCCCCCUCGCCCUGGCGCUACGCCGCGGGCUCGGCGCCCGCCACGCCGCGCGCCACGCCGCCCGCCUCGCCGCAGCACUGGCCCCGGCGCCUGCGCCCCGGCACCCCCGUCGCCAAGGGCGAGGCCUCCGCGCCGAUGACGUAGCGCCGGCUGGCGCUGCUCGCCACCCAGGUGCACGAGCGCGGCCCCGGGCGCGUCCACCCGCGCGGCUGCCCGGACGCCGGCUGCCCCUGCUUGGCCGGCCACGCGCCCUGCUGAGGCGCGGCGCCCACCGGAGGAUCCAUGCAUCGUCGAUAGCGCCGUCGUCGGAUGCACGGACGGGAGGGGCUGGGCGCCAGGACUUUCUCGGCGUUUCUUCGCGGAAAGUUCAUUACCGUGCGUAUAGUCGGGUGCGCCGAGGCGACCGCUGCCGACUCAAGGCAAAUUGUAUUUUUUUAAUAAUGUAUGCCGUCGUCGUCGAGCGGCGCGGCAGAGAUGCGUUUCGGAGCACGUAGCCAGCGAAACGCACGAAAUAACAGGUUGCGCGCGUCGUACUGUUCCCUUUUGCCCAGCCGCUCGACAGUAGCAUUUGCCGGUCACGGCUCGAUCGGUAACGCGCUCGCUUCGGCCUCGCUGGGCAAAAGAAACGGUAGACCACCCAUGGCCGCGCUAUGGACUUGCCGAUAAAUUGGCGGCCUUGGCUUGCAAUCUACUAAUUCUUUUACGCGCUCGUUACAAAGUGAGCAAAAGUUGAAUAUGCAACGAUCGCGAAAGCACACAUGCACCAAACGGAGACGGCAAUCCAAGCGAGCAAGCAGAGCCGCGCAAAUGUUUCGAGAGCCACUUGCACGCGCAUAAGAAAAUUAAUCCAAUGAAAUGUCACGUACUAGUAAUUAAGUAGGCAACGACGAAAAAACAAAGCAAAACAAAAAAAAGAAUACGUAAGAGUAAUGUCUUUGAACUUGUUUAGCGCAACUGCAAAAUUUCAAAGCAUGCAUAACGUAAUAGCCGAGGUAACGGGAGGGAGAAGCACGACGUAGCUUUAGACAACUUUUUUACAGUCAAGGAAAACCCAAAGCAUCGCGUCAGUGUUCGAGGCGAGCAGUCAGCGAGACCUCCUUCAUCCCGAUGAAAUGCAUAUCAAGGCGAUCGACGAUUGUUAUUUUUCAUACGACGUUUGUAGAUAGUAGAAGGAACGCACUCCGCUGCGGGCAUAGUCUCCGAGACUUGCUUCGCGAGCGAAUCACGCUCGAGCUUUGGACCAACAAAAACGAGCCCGCUAGGCAACGAUUGCGUUAUACCAGGUCCGGUCUUUCGGAAACUUUCUCUAGCGGAAUAAAAUUACGCAUGGCGGUUUUAACGCGAGUGCAAUUUUUUCAUACGUUUGCUGAAUUGCUGAUCUGUGAUGCGACACAUACACACACACACACACACGCGCGUAUAAAUAAAAAAGCUUUAGCUUGUGUGCACAACGAUCGGAUAUUUCACGAUAGCUUGCCAAGAGAAGAUAUUGUUGUUCCGUUUUGACGAGGAGAAAAAGCUUCAAGCUUCGAAGUGUGUUUCAUUGUGAUAGGGACAAUAGCAAUAAAAACGAACACACACACACAUACACACGUGAUCUCUGCACUUGUUAGGCGAAAGGCGCUUUCGUUGCUUCGAAUUUUUGCGAGGUGUCCAUGCUGAAUCCAAGUCGAUGGGUAAAAAAGCGUGUUACAAUGUACUUAGAAAAAGUGGGACGACGAAAAUUGCGCAGAAUCUUCGACAUACGGCUUCAGACACCUUAGGCAGCAUAUCUCAACUUUUGUAUAUAAACGAAGCGAUAUAGCGUGGGAAGAGCCUGCACACGUUGCUUAAACGUGCUAUUAUAUAUAAUAAUGAUGCGAGAUAUAGAGAUGAGGAUUUACCCGGAGGAUGAGGAGCAACGUGACGAUGCUGCGAGACGAGUUCCUUAUACAUAUGUAAUCGAGCAAUAAAUUACAAAGCUCCGAUCCAUAUCACGAGCGCACCUUGCAGGCAGAGAAUGCCGUUGUUGCUGAAAGCGGCGCACGCGUUUUUCGCAAUUAGCAUAUCCGAGAAUUGAUCGGCAGGCGUUCGCAGAGAUGCCGUAUGUUUUGACUCCACCCACGACGCAUUACGUUGUAAAUCACGCUCCUUUCCUCGGAUCCUUGCAGUGUCGAGCCGGCAGACGAACGAGCUCGCGAUACGAUGCGACACGGAGGCGCUUCGAAGCGAAACGAGCGUUUUUAGCCGAAAACGUAGCUUAUAUAGGAAACUCGACGUAUUUUUUCACGACACGGAACGACUCGCGACGAAGUGAAGGUUCUUGAUGAGUUAAUCGACGAGGACAAACUCGACACCCUCCAGCCUUUCAAGCAACCUCGAGAUCUACUUUCGUUUAUGCCGCGGCAAUGCGCGGAUCCUGUAGAUGUGUUGUGGAAUUAUAUCACGCACAGAGCGCAGUUUCCGUACCUGAGCGAGCGCCGAGGAACAGUCAGAAUCGUUGAGGAAUCGACGGAUCAUUCUUCAAACUUGAGAGAGGCAUUUUUUUCCGACGUAUCGUAUGCGGGCAAAUCGAUAGAGCUGUUGGAUUUGAGUGUGAUUGUUUCACUUGCCUUUGUCAAUUCCACCUAUUCAGUGAAUCUCGAAAAUUCACAAUUGCUACUAUUUCGGUGUCAACGCAUCGAUUCAAUCCUGCAGCUCACUUUCAUUUCGGUAUCCAUAUGCAGACUCAUAUUUGACACUCGUUUGAACAAUUCGUUUUCCGUCUCCUUUCUGCAAAAGUAUUAUAAGAGAAUUAUCAUACUCGCAUCGAUAUAUGCUCUAUCUUAAAUUUAUGCACUGAAAUACAUACGAUGAAAAAAAAUGAUAUUUAUUGAAAGAAUAAAUAAAGAUUCGUUUCU